AUUGCCCUCCGCGCCAAAAUGGAAGACACUAUUCUGCAAGAACGAACGCAAAUGAUAGAUCAGCCGAAGGAAACAGUUGUACCGAGUGCGCGCGAGACGGAAGACGCUAUUCUGCAAGAGCGAACGGACCUGAUAGCUCAGCUAAAGGAAACAGUUGGACCCAGUGGAAUUGGGAACGGAAGUCCACCCCUUAAUAUAGUCUUCGUCGGGGCUCCCGGAUGUGGAAAAUCCUCCUUCAUAAAUUCUUUCGCAGCCUCCGUUGCAGAUGAAUGCUGGCGAGAAUACGCCUGCAGUGGAAGGCGGGGAGGUGGAGUGACUCACCAGAAUACUGUCAGAAUUCAAAGUGUUGUAGCUACCAACUAUGGAACGUCGCCUAGUGUAAGGGACUAUUCCCUGCCAACUCUGAUUGACCUGACGGGGUUUGAAAACCAAGACGAAGAAAUCACAAAGGAGGUUCUCCGACUGAUAUUUUACGGUAAAUUAAGGAACGCAAGUAACUUAAACUCAGUUUACAGAUUUGGAAAGACCUUCGGUGUCUGGGCACUGCGUUUAUGGUAUGGCGUGUUAUGCACAGAAAACCAUUUCAAGGUUGAUCGUGUGGUUAUAGUGGCCUCGGCGAACGAGGAGGUGCCGGAAGGGCUUUUCAAUGGUGUUAUGGAGGUAGUCCGGCCCACGGACGACGUCUACAAUAGAGAAAUUCCUGUCUUUGGAGUGAUGACAGGGAUCGACGUUAUCGACGAAUCUCAUACAGAAGUGUUUGAGGAGAGAAAAAUCAACUUCAUGAACUCGUUGGCUCUGGUUGGCGCUGGCCAUAGAUUUCUGCAGUGUGUGAAUUACUGCGAUGAAGUUGACCCAACAAGGAAGCGAAUAUGCCAAACUUUACCGCAUAUUGACGUCCCUAUCCUAAAAUUCAUGAACGUGGUAUGUGGACGGCAUUAUGGCGUCGUCAACUCGGAGGAAAGCUAUCGUGAUGUCUUGCGAUUACAACUGAGACACCAGAUACGGUGUUGGGUUGUGAAUCUUUGCAAACGUGUCGCGACAUCAUUCACUAACUCUACAAGAGGUCCAGUGGUUCCAGCCAACCCUCCAGGUGUUGACAUGAUCACCAUUCUACUCUGUGUUUUUGUAUGCCUUUUGUUUUGUGUAGUAUUUUCUAUUGUAUUUCUGUAGUUGGUGAAAUCUUUCCCAUUGAAAACGUUUGCAACUGUUGCUGCGAUAUCAGAGGCAGUAUGUGACAACUUAACUGCAAAGUG